CUUUACCGUUUCACCAGUAGCUUUCGGGGAGACGAAAUUAAAACAGAGAUUCCCUGGGUGUUAACGAAUCAAACAGCAAACAGAGUGGAACUAUUUCUUCACAGACCAAGGAUUAAACAAGCCAACAUACCCUGACCCUCCGGCUUCGAAGAUGGGAUGCCAACGCUCUCCUCGGUCUGAUGUAUUCGGCUUAGUCGUGGUGAUGGCUUGCAGACUUGUUCUGGCAGCCAAUAACUAUAAUUGUGAUGAUCCUCUGUUGUCUCUGUUGCCCACAACAUCAUUUGAAAGCUCUUCUGAAUUCUCUAACAGACAUUCAGCAAAAUUUGCAAGGUUGAACAAAAGGGAAGGAGAAGGUGGCUGGUCACCUCUAAACUCUGACCAGCACCAGUGGCUACAGAUUGAUCUGCGAGACAGGAUGGAAAUAUCUGGGAUUGCCACACAGGGAAUUCAUGGUAGUCCAGACUGGGUCACCAACUACCUCUUGAUGUUCAGUGACACAGGCAGUGGAUGGAAACAAUAUCACCAAGAAGAUGGUAUUUCGACUAUCCCAGGAAACAGCAAUGCAGACAAUAUUGUACACUAUAAGCUGCUGCACACCAUCAGGACAAGAUUCCUAAGAUUUGUGCCCAUUGACUGGAAUUCUGAGGGGCGAAUUGGAAUGAGAGUAGAAGUCUACGGCUGCACAUACAAGUCAGAUGUUGCCGAUUUUGAUGGAAGGAGUUCUCUGCUCUAUCGCUUUAACCAGAAGUCCAUGAGCACUGUAAAGGAUGUCAUCUCCCUGAAGUUUAAGAGUUUACACAGUGACGGUGUUUUGGUGCAUGGAGAGGGUCAACGAGGCGACUACAUCACCUUGGAGCUGAAUCAAGGCACACUUGCCCUUCAUAUUAACCUUGAUGAUUCCAAGCUCCAGUCCAGUGCCAGUAGUCAUACACUGGUAACAUUAGGCAGCCUUCUAGAUGACCAGCACUGGCACUCUGUUCUGAUUGAACGUUUCAACAAGCAGGUGAACUUCACCAUAGACAAAUAUACCCAACACUUUCGAAUCAAGGGAGACUGUGACUCGCUGGAUGUUGAUUAUGAGCUAAGCUUUGGAGGAAUCCCUUUACCAGGCAAACCAGGAACUUUCUUGAGAAAAAACUUUCAUGGAUGUAUUGAAAAUCUCUACUACAAUGGUGUGAACAUCAUUGACCUGGCAAAACGACGCAAGCCACAGAUCUACACAGUGGGUAAUGUCACAUUUUCCUGCACAGACCCACAGAUUACACCUGUAACUUUCACCAGCUCCACUAGCAGCUAUCUGUUAUUACCCAUCGAGUCUCAGGCAGAUGGCUUCUCAAUUCGUUUCCAAAUUCGCACCUGGAACCGGGACGGAUUUUUGUUUUACACACAGCUAUACAAAGAAUCAGAACAUUUAUUACUUUUCCUCAGCCAUGGGAAAUUAAAGCUGACUUACCAGAAGUCACUAUUUGAGAAAACAGAAAUGACAACAGGUUCUAAUCUCAAUGAUGGGUUGUGGCACACAGUAAGCCUCAGCACACAAGGCCUUCAGGUCACUUUGCAGCUGAAUAAUGAUGUGCCCUCCACCAUGGUGACAAAGACUCAGCUCAUCUCUGUGGACAGCUGCUAUUUUGGAGGGUGUCCCUCCAAUAUAAAAGACCUCAAAUGCAAAAAUCCAACUCUUGCUUUUCAAGGUUGCAUGCGACUGAUAUUCAUUGUCAACCAACCAGUGAAUCUAAUCCUUGUGCAGCAAGGUCUUAUCGGCAAUUUCAGUGAUUUACAAAUUGACCUGUGUGCCAUCCAAGAUAGAUGCCAACCAAACUUCUGUGAACAUGGAGGCCAGUGUUCUCAGUCUUGGAACACCUUUUACUGUGAUUGUUCUGGUACUGGUUACACAGGAGUUACCUGUCACAACUCUGUUUAUGAGCCAUCCUGUGAAGCCUAUAGCCAUUCAGAGACCACAUCAGGUCACUUUUUAAUUGAUUCAGACGGAAGUGGACCACUGGGACCCACCUUGGUUUAUUGCGAUAUGACAGAAGACAAAGUAUGGACCAUACUGAACCACAAUAACACAGAGAUGACUUGGGUUCAGGGCUCAAGUCUGGAAAAUCCAUAUUCCAUGCAGUUCAGCUAUAGUUUGUCUCAAGAGCAGCUGCAGGCCCUGGUGGCCAGAGCGGAGCAUUGUGAACAAGAAAUCAUCUAUCGAUGCUGGAGGUCUCGAUUACUCAAUGCACGAGAUGGGACACCCUUUUCAUGGUGGAUAGGCAGGACUGGAGAGAGACAGACCUACUGGAGUGGUUCAUUACCAGGAGUGUUGCAAUGUGCAUGUGGCCUUGAUGAAAACUGCAUUGAUAUGAAUUACUUCUGCAACUGUGAUGCAGACAAAGAGCAAUGGGUUAAUGACACUGGUCUUCUGUCUUACAAGGAUCACCUGCCUGUAAAUCAAAUUAUAAUUGGAGACACAAACCGAACCAAUUCAGAAGCAGUUUAUAGAGUUGGUCCUUUAAAGUGCCAUGGAGACAGAAACUUCUGGAAUGCAGCUUCAUUUAACAAAGACACAACGUAUCUUCACUUCUCGACCUUCCAAGCAGAGCUAAGUGCCCACAUUUCCUUCUACUUUAAAACCACAGUGGGAUCUGGAGUCUUCUUGGAAAACCUUGGAGUUAAAGAUUUUAUUAGGAUUGAACUGAUUUCAUCCCAAGAAGUGAUGUUCUCUUUUGAUGUGGGAAAUGGACCUGUCAAUCUGUCAGUGAAGUCUCCAGUCCCUUUCAAUGACAAGCAGUGGCACUUUGUGAAAGUCGAGCGCAAUGUUAAACAGGCUUCUUUGCAAGUUGACAAGCUGCCUAUAGUUUUCCAGGAUGCCUCAGGAGAGGGACACAUCCGCCUACAGCUCAACAGCCAACUGUUUGUAGGAGGUACUGCAUCAAGAAAAAAGGGGUUUCUGGGUUGCAUUCGCUCUCUAACACUGAAUGGUGUUACCCUUGACUUGGAAGAGCAGGCAAAAUUAACAUCUGGUGUUCAGCCUGGCUGCCCUGGUCACUGCAGCAGUUAUGGCAGCCUGUGCCACAAUGGAGGAAAAUGUACUGAGAAGUAUAAUGGCUAUACUUGUGAUUGCAGCAACUCUGCUUACAUGGGUCCCUUCUGCACAAAAGAAGUCUCAGUAAUUUUUGAAGCUGGAUCUUCAAUGACCUAUACUUUUCAGGAGUCGUUGUUAAGCAGUCAGAAUGAAAGUGAACAGUUUUCUGCAAUUUUUACUGAAAAAAACAAGCCAAGAAAUAACAUCACCUUCAGUUUUCUCACAACACACACACCAGCAAUGUUGUUUUUUGCGACUAUGGACCUUCAAGAGUACAUGGCCAUUAUUCUCUCAAAGAGUGGUUAUCUGCAAAUCUGGUAUCGACUAAAGAAGCAGAAAGAGACAGGUGUCCUUUCAGCUGGCUCAAUCAAUUUAGCUAACGGGCAGCUUCACCGAAUCAAAAUAAAGGUGAAAGGCAAGCAUCUGUAUGUUCAGAUUGAUGACAACGCAAGUCAAAAUUACACCCUUGCCUCUGAAGAGUUCAGCACAAUGAAAACUCUCACACUUGGAAGACUCGCAGAUAGACCAGGUCUGGAUUCUCAGGUCAUGACUGCAGGAGCACGGGGUUUUAGUGGAUGCCUAUCUUCAGUCCAGAUUAAUCAAAUGACACCAUUAAAGGAAGUUCUUUAUCAAAGUGGCAGCACACGGGUUUCAGUGUCAGGCCGAUUGCGCCAGUCAAGCUGUGCUUCUACCAGUCUGGAUGAUCUGAAAACGAUUUCAACAGUCCACUCUGUAUCAGAUCAUGCAGGAAAAGUUGAUAAUGGAAAGAAGCCACUUGCUAAUGCAGUAGACAGUGACCCAUUUCUCAUUGGAGGCAUUAUUAUUUUGGUGAUUAUCAUCGUUGUCUGUGUCAUGGCAACAACAGCUUGCUUCAUCCAUCAGUAUAGAAGUCACCAGUCUACAAAUGUGAAGGAACGUCAUGAUAGUGGAUUUAAUCACUGCAUGGGCAACAACAUUGACCUCCAGAGUGCUGUCAGUGACAGAAAAAUGGAGUACUUCAUCUGAUCCUUGUUUCUUUAUUAAUUUUCUGUGUGUCUGUCUGCCCCU